GUCAUAGUCAAGAUGGCGGGAAAAUCGAGCAUGUAGACGUCAAGUUGUGGGUUUUCCUCGUUCUAGACUUCUAAACGUUAACGUGAUUGUCGUAGACCACUUUUAGAUAAUUCUUAAGGUAGCGCGUCGUCUUAAGAGUCUCCUUGCUUUGUGUCAAGUGUCUAAGUCGUCGGUAAAGAUGUUUUCGAAGGACCCAAACGAAGAAGGCACUCUCUUGCAAGAGCCGAGCUCUGGAGAGUUUGCACAGUAUGAAAGGGCCCAGUGUUCGUACGAAAACCUUUCCCAGCGUUUUAUGUUGAAGCAGCGGAACUUUGGCAGGCAGUAUGCACACAUCUAUGCCGUCAGACUGUGGGAGAUGAAGGAUAGAUUGAAGAAGGCAGCAAAGAGAAAAUGGGGUGUUGAUGCGAAGAAACUGUCUGAGAUGGAGACAGGAGAGACCUGUGUGGUGAUCGGUACUCUCUUCAAACACAUGGAGCUCAAACCCAGCAUCCUGAAGGAAAUCAGUGAGGAGGAGGGAGCGAUGCCCCAGCCACCCAGGGCUAAGUACACAGAAGAUGCAGAUAACUUAAUCCUAGAGGAUGAAGUACAGAGAGUAUCACUGGCAGGGAAGCUGGAUGUACAAUCAUCUGUCACAGGCACCAUUGUGGCAGUGUAUGGAGCAGAAGAUGAGUCUGGGAAGUUCCAGGUGAAGGAUUUCUGCUAUGUGGACAUGCCUGUACAGAACUCACUACAGACACCCGAGGAAGACAGGUUUGUUGUGCUUGUGUCGGGCCUUGGGAUUGGCAGUAGCCAAGACAACCUGUUAGAGCUACAGCUAUUGGUCGACUUGGUCACCGGGCAACUGGGAGACAUCGGCGACCAGAAGUCGGCAGCCAACAUCGUCAGGGUCAUCGUGGCUGGAAACUCACUCAGCGAGUCCACGCAGGACAAGGAUUCACUAACGAAGGCAAAGUAUUUGUCGAGGAAAACUGCAGCUGGAAGUGUGGAGGCCAUGAAAGUUUUGGAUGACUUCCUUGUCCAACUGUCUUCCUGUGUUGACGUUGACGUGAUGCCAGGAGAUUUCGACCCGGCCAAUCACGUUCUUCCUCAGCAGCCGCUACACCGCUGCAUGUUCCCGCGUGCCAUGAAGUAUCCCACAAUGCACACUGUCCCCAACCCGUACGAGGCUGACGUUGGAGGGGUUAGGUUUCUGGGGACGUCUGGACAGAAUAUUGAGGACAUUUACAAGUACAGCAGUCUGGAGAACUCUCUAGAAAUCUUGGAGAAAACACUGACUGUGGGACACCUUGCACCUACGGCACCUGAUACAUUAGGAAGUUACCCGUUCCAUGAAUCUGACCCAUUUAUCCUGAAGAGCUGCCCUCAUGUGUACUUCGCAGGCAACCAGGCAAAGUUCCAAAGCAAGAUUUUGGAAGGUGAUGAUGGACAGAGGGCGCUGCUUGUGACAGUACCAAAGUUCUCCCAGACCCAGUCCUGUGUACUGGUCAACCUCCGGACACUGCAGUGUGAGGUCCUACAGGUCCAGGCCACCUGGGACGAGGGUGACCAACCCAUGCAAGAAUAACAACAUAUUCCCUUAAUAAGCCAGUUCAUAAAUUGUGUGUAAUUCAAAUGUAUGUCAAGUUGAUGGUUUCUGAGACAGAAAUAAAACAUGAAUUAAGCAUGG